AUGGCCGAGAAUGAGCCACUAUCACCUAAAACGCCACGCACGCCGGGUACGCCGUACCCUGUUGCAAAUACACAGGCGGUCAACGAGCUGUUGACCAUGAUGAAGGGGACCCUAAAUACCCUCGGGGCAACAUUUGACAGUUUGGGGGAACAAAGUGCGAAAGUUGCCAGUCUAGGCCCUGCACUGGACUCUGCGCAUCAGAUCCAUCAACUGAGGCGGCAAAUGCGUGCCCAGGAAAAACAUCAAGAUGCUCGUAUUACCGACAUUCGGGACUUCGUAAAGGAUGAUUUCAAAGUGCAAAUCGCGGAUUUGAUGAAGGAACAAAUCCAAGAUCAGAUUAAGAAUGAGAUUGCGAUGCAGACAAGAGCGGAAGUCGAUUCACAAAUAACCGAACACUUACCGAUCCCACUGCAUGUCCAAGCGCAGGAGAGUCAGCAGCAACUGACGGAAGUGCGCGUGCAACUAAAGAACAGCGAGGCUCGACGUAAUAACAGUCAUGUAAAGUCGACGAACCUGGACGAGCCCCUUUCUGCUGUGCUCAAGAAAGACGGCUCUGAAAGCGUCUUGUGGCCGAAAACAUUACGCUUCCUCUUUUCAUACGAGCUGGAUCAGGCCCGCGCGUUGGUUAAAGACUUUGGCCUCGUGGAACACGAACUACGGGAAGGUAACAUCAACCGCUUCAUGGCCUUCAUCGGCAUUCAAUUCCAUCUGAUACCACCGAUUUACAAGUGCGUCACUACAAUUUCCGGUUUCCCUAACAACUUCGUUGCUGAUUGA